AUGACGUCACUACCACCCAAUGUUUCACAACUUCUGUCGCCCUCCCCAGAGACCCAGGCCCAGCCCGAGCCCGGCUCUUCGGAAAAAAAACACAUCACCAAAUUGUCCACGUCAUCGCCCGAGGCAAUUCGCGUGGCCUCGGCCAUCACGCCCAACAGACUCGCCAACUUGCUUAUGCGAAACGGCCCCUUGGCCAUCCGCCUUAUCACGGCGCAGUUGUCAAUUGAGGUGCCUGGCUUCGAUCUUCUCUCGUUGUCCAAACAGAGGCGUUUGAUUAUGGCAGCAAUGGAACAAGGCGACCCGCAGAACAACGUGGUGUUCGAAAAAAUCGGCUGGGGCCAGUGGGCUGUUCGCCACGUGGACUCGGACUAUAUAGUCACGGAGCCGAACGGGGCUCUUGAUGGCAGCGCCCGCUUGAAUAUCCACGAGCUCCGGGAAACCGCCAAGUUGGGCUGGCUGAAGAAGAUCGAGCCUGCCAGACGCGACUCGAUAUCCAACAACAAGUCCAACAUGCACAACUUCAGACUCCCGGGAGAGAAAUUGGAGUCUCCUUCGACCGGCAUGAGCGACUCUGAGCAGGACUCAGACGACGACGAAGACAUGGGCCAACCCUCUAGCGGCUCGGACGAAUUGACCAACAUGCGCAACUUGAAGAUGCAUGACGAGAACGGCUCCGCCAUGGCCAAGUCCAAGAAGUCUCCGCCCUUGAAGUUUGCCAAUCGGGUGCCCACGAAGUUCAGCCCUCCACCUGCGCUCUCUGGGGGCCGCAGAAAGCUGUCUUCAGGGACGGCGCCAAACUCGGUUGUCAAGAACACCAAUCUUCACGGCGUGAACCGUCACCAGCUCUUCAACCGGAGCCGACUCAAUUCAAUUGAAAAUUUGGAUGAGUACAUUCUUUCUUCUGCGAGGAACUCCUCGCUCUCGGUGCUGUCGCCGACAGUGCACAACAGCUCUCUCCCAUCUUCAUCUCCGGUGGGAUCGUGGAACGGCAAAGGCGAACUUCUUCACAAACAAGAACUCCCUCUCCCAGGCGACCAUAUAACCACGGCGCUUCAAAAUGCUGGCCGGAGAAAGCUGUCUUUCAACGAAUCAAGCAUUCGUUCAACUCUAUCAACAUCCCUACCUAGAGGUCAUGCGUUAUCGCAGAAACCUUACGAGAACGGAAACAGCUCGAUACUGUCGACUUUCUCGAGCACAGGACCACGGAAAGCGAUGGCUGUCCAAGAUAUGGCCAGUGAUACGGACGAAGAGGACUGGGCCACUUUGGGAGCAGAGACGCUACGAAGCCAUCCGGUGAAGACGAGUAACCCAACAGGCGGGAAGUUACAAAAUGAGGAGAGAUCGGCUGCCAGGGCUCUUGUGGAUCUCAUGGGCAUAUGA